UGCUUUUUUAACCUUAAAUAAAUCAUUUUUCAGGAUGAAAAUAGUUGAAGAGACUCUUUCAAUUCCACUUGACUUUCGCUUUCCCUAUAUACCUUAUCCCAUUCAAAAUGAACUUAUGAAAAAAAUAUUUGAAGCUAUUGAAAAUGGAGGCUUGGGGCUUUUUGAGAGUCCAACGGGAACUGGAAAAACUAUGAGUAUAAUAUGUUCUACCCUUACUUGGUUGCGUGCUAAUGUUGAGAGACAAUUUAAAUUUCAAAAUGAAGAAAAAUUAGCAGAGGAACCUUCUUGGAUAGCUCAGUUUAGACAACAGCAACUUGAAGAAUCAUUAAAAAGAAAAAAAGAAUUGCAAGAAAAAAUAAAAAAAAGAUUUAAAGUCAAGAAGUUCUCUAAGAAAGAACGGCGUAAAGUCUCGACUAGAAAAAUAGAAGCAACCCGUAAUUUAGAAGAACUUGAAGAGUUACUAUCAGACUAUUAUAGCGACGACGAAGGCGGUCAUCAAUCAACGACCGGAUCAUCAAGUUUUGAAGAUGGAAUCGAUUUUGAAUAUUUUAAUUUUAAAACUUUUGAUACAAAAAUAAUAUAUUGUUCACGGACGCAUUCUCAGUUAUCUCAAUUUGUUGCUGAAUUAAAAAAAACUUCUUUUGAAAAUAUUAAUUUUGUUCUUCUUGCCUCACGCAAGCAAUACUGCAUCAACGAAAAGAUCAAUAAACAUAAUGUGGCGUUGAUAAACGAAUUAUGUUUAGAUUUAAAAGAGAAAACCAAUAAGGGCUGUGCUUUUUGUAAGAAGAAGAGUUUUAAGACGUUUGCUGAUCGCGUGCUGAGAGAUCCUAAAGAUCUAAUGGAAGUAAAAAAAUUGGGGGUGACGCUGGAUACGUGUCCUUAUUAUUCCACGAGGGAAGCCAUUAAAAAUGCGGAGGUGAUUUUUACAUCUAGCAGUAAAGCAGAAAAAAAGCAGACGCUCAAUAGUCCGUGUGUGCAGAUCAUAGCGAUGCCUUACAAUAUGCUGCUGCAUAACCCCACGCGCUCCGCCUCCGGUGUGGACAUCAAAGGGAACGUUGUGGUUAUCGACGAGGCGCAUAAUAUCAUCGAGGCGCUUUCAUCCGUCUACUCCGUUAGCAUUACUCUCCUUCAACUGCUAAAAGCGGAAGACGAACUUAGUUCCUACUUUAAAAAAUAUCGCAUUCAGCUGAACCCGAAAAAUGUUAUAUACAUAAAACAGCUGUUGUUUAUUUUGAAGCGGUUAAGGCUUGAGUUUAAUAUAAAUAACAAAACGGCUUCAGAGCUGCUUGAAAGUUCCCCUGAAUUGGAGUCUUUUGAAGACAUUGGUUCUUCCGAGUCUGUUAUUUAUGCUCUAAACGAGUUUGCUAUCAGGUGCGAGAUUGAAAAUAUGAAUCUUUACAAACUGGAAGGCUACUGCGCCAAGUCCAGGCUCGCGAACAAGUUGAAUGGCUUUGCAAAACGCCAGUUCAAAGAAGGAAAGUUUUCCUUGGAAAAAUCCUCGCGUUCGUCCGCUUUCCAAGCCGUUCAGAGUUUUAUAUUUUCUCUGACGUCUCCGGAUAUGAAUGCUCGCGUUAUUCUUGAAAAGAAGAAAAGAAUUGAACUUUCCACGUUUAAGUUCUUCGUUGUUUCCUCUUCUGAAUACUUUUCUGAAGUUAUUAAAGAUGCCCGCUGCGUUAUUUUAUGUGGAGGCACUCUCCGACCUCAUGACGACCUUCUCAAUCAAUUAGUGAAUACACUCGAGUGCAGUUAUUACUAUAAAAACGGAGAGACCGUUAAAAAUGAAAUUAAGAAUAGCGAGGAGGCGGGACACAUGGCUGUCCCCGUUGCCAUGUUUUCCUGCAACCACGUCAUUCCUCCUGAAAACUUACUGGUUAUGACGUUGAGUCAAACUUCCAACGGGCGGCUUCUAAACUUUUCCUACGAAACUCGGAAUGAUGAGUUUCUGGUUAGUGAACUCGGCAGAAUUAUAGUGAAGCUUUGUGAAACGGUUUCCGGGGGAAUUAUUUGCUUUUUUCCUUCUUAUGAAUACAUGAAAUUUGUUUAUGACUUUUUCCUAAAGAAUGAAAUUACAAAAGUUAUUAUGAAAAACAAAAGGAUUUUUAUGGAGCCUAAAGAGAGUGGAAGCGUUGAAAAGAUUCUCGUCCAGUACGCUCACGCGGUGCACAGGAAAGGAGGCGCGCUGAUACUUUGCGUUGUGGGUGGAAAACUCAGCGAAGGCAUUAACUUUAAAGACGAGUUAGGGAGGCUAAUUUUGAUGAUUGGUCUACCUUAUCCCAAUAAAAAUUCCUUGGAACUUAAAGAAAAGAUGAACUAUUUGUGCGCUAAAUUAAAUAAUUCCAAUGCGGGAACGGCGUACUACCAGAACUUGUGCAUGAGGGCUGUCAACCAGUCCAUCGGGCGGGCGAUCCGUCACGAAAAAGACUACGCCGCUAUACUUUUAUUGGAUUACCGCUUUUCCUCCGCUUCUAUACAAGAAAAACUACCCACGUGGAUGAUGAAAAGUUUUAGUGAAGAUUGCAGUGAAGAGAUUUUGUUUGACAGCGUUAAAAAAUUCUUCAUGGAAAAAUGACGCUCCCGUUGUCAUAAUAAUCAUAAUAAUAACAGCAAAAAUCACCUGACAACUGAAAAUAAAUUUUCCUUCCAAAGUCUGAAAGGAGUGACGUCUCGUGCACUGAUCCACUGAACAUUUCACAAAGCGAACGUCGCUAAACUCGCACUCGUCGACUUUUCGCUUCUCCUUUUAUUAUUGCGUUACUUUUUUGCUUUAUCCUCAUUAUUAUUAUAAUUUUAAAAUCACCUUGUCAUCCACGAAAAUGGAGAUCCGAUUAUUGGUGCAGACCAACCAAACUGUUGUCCAAAACUUUAUAAUAAAACUAUUUUCAUUUUAUUUAUACUUAUUCAAUAUAUAAUUACAUUUCCUAAUUUGUAAUUCAGAA